UCCACCCACCACAUAUUCGAUCAAGCUCUCUCUUCUCAGAUAAAAGUAGAAAAUUCUUCCUCCAGCUAAUACUAAUAAUAGUAGUCUUGGCCAGAAGAGACAUGGCAGGAGGUUACUACUCUUCACCGCCGAGGUCCGAAGCUUCUAUGCCUUUACAUCUUUGCUUCUUCCUUUCCAUACUCUUCAUGUUCGUGGGGCUGUCGUGGUACUCCAAUUACGAGUCCCUGCUGGAGAGCGCGCUCGACCAGAUCAAGCUGGUCCUCAUGGUCUCGCCACUGAUUCUACUCCUUGCUCUCCACUUGCUUUCAAACAUCGAAACCGCCGGGCCACGCCGCCCCGGCUUCUCGUCUUUCAUUCCUUUGCCGGAGAGGGGCUCUCUCAAUAGGGCAGGAGGGACUCCUUGGGGUGUUGGCUUUCUUUUGGUAUUCCUAUUCUUCAUGGUCUCUUACCAGUCUUCUCUGCAAGAACGUUGGUUCCCUCUUCUUAGCAAGUGAUAUAUACAAAUUAAUGUGUAUGUAUAUCUAUAUAUAUGUAGAUUAGUAAUUAACUCUGUAAGAUUAAACCUUGUUACUUUUUUCUCUCUGUUUUGUUUUCGAAGGCUUUGUACAAAAAUAUAGUGGGGGUGUGAUGAGCUUCAUUUUUGUAUGCAAAGUACUGGAAAUAAGUUUCUUUCUUUCA